AUAUUGGCCUGACAGAAAAUCAGGGUUUUCACUGUGGCAGCGAAAGGGUAAAAUAUUGCUGUGGUCGAGCUCAUGUGAAUGACUAGGGGUAAGUCUUGAGCGCAAACAAUCUUGUCACGUGAUUUCUAGUUUUUAUUUGUUGAUGACGUCACAAUUUAAGAUUAUUACGUUUACGGCAAUGAUGUCAAGGUGACGAUGGCAAACAUGUUCGUUACUGGCUAGAUACAAGACACCGGUGAAACUAUCAAACUAUCCACAAACAACAUGAACGACAGUAUAUCAAGAACGCCGUCAAAGGUCAGGGCACGGCGUGAGAGCCUGCAGCACCUCCAGGAAAUCCCUGUACGGGACACAGGGACCACCGUGGGAUUCCCCUCUGAUAGCGGACAUGCGGUGCAGGUAACCCCGCAUUCCUUACUUUAUCAGGACUCAAGAAUUUCUAUCAUAGACAAACGGCGUCAAUCCGACCCUCCCGGAGACAACCGGCGGACAAAUGAUACGACUGCUGGAAACAGUCGGAGAACAACCAGUGCCAAUGGCAUUGUUUUACCAAAGCCUCAAGACACUGGGAACCGCGCAACACCGUCAACACACGUAGAGUUGUCCAAGUUCUUGUACAAUCUGUGGAGGAACCAGGAAAUGUGUGACAUUGUAAUUCGGGUAGGAGACACAGAAUACAAAGCCCAUAAGUUAGCUCUGGCGGCCUACAGCGACAAGUUCAACAGCAAGUACUGCGAGCGACUCCAAACCUCGAUCUCUGAGGUGAACCUGUCCGCCUCCUCGAGGGAGGCGGUGGAGGAAGUGCUACAGUACAUUUACACGUCCAAGUUGAAUCUGACACUGGACAAUGUCGACGACGUGAUCGGCUGCUCUAGCCAACUGGGCAUAAACUCUGCAUUGGAUAUUUGUAAAAGUUUUUUGUUCAAUUUUACCCCCGACAAUCUGUUCAAUAUGUGGUGGAUUGCGGACAAGCACGACCUGUUGGACGUUUUGUCCAUUCUGGAGACGGCUGUGUGUGACCACUUUGGACGAUUGUACACAUCUGUUGGAUACCUACGCGGACACUUCGAGCAGGUCCGACAUUUUAUUUGCAAAGACAACCUUGGCAUUCGUGACGAACUCGACGUAUUUUUGGCUGUCACAUCCUGGAUAGACUUCAACAGACAGGAUCGACUACGCCACGCCCCUGAUCUCCUUUCCUGUGUCCGGCUUGUCCACAUCUCCCCGGAACACUUGACCACACAGGUGGAGGUAGUCGAUUACCUGUUCCAGAUCCCCGUCUGUAAUGCUCUGCUGAUGUCGGCCUACAGGUACCACGCCCUCCGUUACAGCGGAAGUGACGUAGCCAACUCCACUAAUGUUCCGAAACGGAGAACCACACACCCCGCUACCGAUCUGGAUCACGUCAUGGGACGCAACCUUUGUCAGAACAACUCAUUUUCGACUGUCAUGUCCCACUCUAGUCCUGUAAAGGAAAGCUGCAGAACAACUCAAAAGUCACCUUCCCCAUCGAAGUCCCACCAUUUGAAAUCGUUCCACUCCCUCGCCGUAAGUACGCCAAACCUGCCCCUCCCCGAGCGCCCAACCACUUUGUUUGCAGUGGGAGGGGUGGACCCCUUCGACACUCAGGCGGACGUAGCGUGCCGUAUGGUGGAACAGUACAAUCCACGAUCAAACAGCUGGCACCGUGUUACCACCCUACCGGAAACACGUCACCAUCUGGGCGUCGCAAUGCUGGAUGGCUUCUUGUUCGUAAUAGGAGGAUCAGUCCUGCUUAAAGAUGACAUUGAGAAUCUCGCCAAUCCUACCGAUGUCAACUUCCGAUACGAUCCCGUAAACAACUCCUGGGCGAAGAUUGCCUGCCUUAGACAGCCCCGGAUGUAUUUGAGUGUGAGUGUCCUAGAGGGCAUUCUGUACGCUGUUGGCGGGAACGAUUCAUACGGCAGGUCCCUGGAUUCCGUGGAGUAUUACGACCCUGAUUUGAACCAGUGGGGCUAUAUCGCACCAAUGACCACACCCAAGAUAGGCGUGGCGACGGCCGGUUACCAGGGUCAUCUGUAUGUGGUCGGAGGAUUUCAGGACGUUGGGGGUCAACGGGCUGUUCUCAGCAGCGUCGAGUGCUACAACCCACGGACAAACAGCUGGACCUUCAAGAACCCUUUGCCAGUGCCAUGUUGUCAUGCCAACCUAGUAGACGCCCGGGGGUCUCUGUAUCUUCUCGGCGGAUCCACUAUUCCCGUGGGUAGCGCUUCAAUUUGUUCCCUUCGCUCGGUUUACCGUUACUGUGACGACGAAGACGUAUGGGAACUUGUCGCAAACAUGAGAAUCCCCAGACAUGACGCAGGGGCUGCUGUCAUUGAUUCGAGAAUUUACGUUAUCGGAGGGGUAAGUUCGGAUGAGGGAAGAGCCCUUAUGGACACCGAGUGUCUGGAUGUGGACCACGACUUGAUGACCUGGGUAGACGACCUCCGGCCGCUCGGACAUCCGGUCCUCGGCAUCGCGUGCUGUACGCUGGACGGCGAUAAUACCAUUAAUUAAGGUCUACUCAUCCGGCUCGCAGGGCAUGAGAUUGUCCACAUAGUCAAACACAGGAAGUGAAUAUUACAGUAUAGACACACACAGGGCGUAAAUAUGACAAUGUAGACACAUACAGGGCGUAAAUAUGACAAUGUAGACACAUACAGGGCGUGGAUAUGACAUUGUAGAAACAUACAGGGCGUAAAUAUGACAAUGUAGACACAUACAGGGCGUGAAUAUGACAAUGUAGACACACACAGGGCGUGGAUAUGACAAUGUAGACACAUACAGGGCG